GAGGAGGGGUGGAAGCACAUGAAAAACUGCGUAAGCCACUGUUGGUUGAGAUAGACGGGGCAGAAAGGUUGCCUUUCUGGGUCGUAGGCGCUAUCUGGAGCUUUGCAGCACUUUUAUGCGAAACGACAGCGGACUGAGAAGACCUGCCGAGGUUUUCCAGGUUUCCUCUCCAGAAGUUCCUGUUCGUAAAUGGUAACAGGGAGCUUGAGAUAAGAGAGAGAACAUGGCAGUGUGGAUCCAGGCCCAGCAGCUGCAGGGAGAUGCUCUACACCAGAUGCAGUCUCUCUACGGGCAACACUUCCCUAUAGAGGUGCGACACUACCUGUCCCAGUGGAUUGAGGGACAACCCUGGGAUGGAAUAGAUUUAGAGAACCCACAGGAGGAGAUUAAAGCCAAGCGUUUAUUGGACAGCCUGAUCCAGGAACUACAGAAGAAAGCAGAGCAUCAAGUGGGAGAGGACGGCUUCUUACUCAAGAUUAAAUUAGGACAAAAUUCAUCACAGCUAAAUGUCCUUCCAUACAAUUCACUAAACAUACAAUAA